CACCUUUACAAUCAGAGUUGGCGAAAUCAAUUUCUCGACCGAUAAAUUUUGAUAAGGUCAAUUAUAAAAUUGAAAUGUUAAUUAGGUAGCGUGAAAUAAUUAAUGUAUGCUAGCUAUGCGGCUAAUAGGUUUAGUGGUGUUCGUUUUGGUUGGUUCCACCACAGCUGUCGUGGAGGUCAGCACUCCUAGAGGCUACCACGAGGAUGUUGGAAUUCCGUUGGGGUUGAAGAUCAAAGCUUCAGAAGACGCAAUCCAACAGAACAGGAUUGUCGGUGGAGCUAUCGCGCCUCAUCAUGCUCACCCCUAUUUGGCCGGUCUCCUGAUCAAUUUCUGGAACAUAGCUGGUACCUCAGUAUGUGGAGCAUCUCUCGUAUCCUCCAACCGUCUGGUGACCGCCGCGCAUUGCUGGUUCGAUGGAGUCAACCAGGCGUCUCAGUACACCGUAGUGCUGGGAUCGCACUACCUCUUCUCGGGCGGACAGCGCAUACUGACCUCGCAGGUCAUCAUGCACCCUCAAUGGACACCCAGUCGUCUGGCUAACGAUGUCGCCAUGAUCUAUCUACCAUUCCCGGCCACGUUGACCUCUAGCGUCCAGCCAAUUGCCUUGCCCGACUGGAAUGAUUUGGGAAAUCUCUUCGUUGGUAACUGGGCAACUGCUGCAGGUUAUGGCCUUACAAGCGACCACCAAACCGGCGUGACGUUGCAGACGAGCGUGAGCCAGGUGAACCUGCAGGUGAUCACGGAGGCGCAGUGCCGCGCCGUGUUCGGGGCCCAGUUCGUGCUGCCCAGCACGCUGUGCACCAACGGCGCGGGCGGCGUGGGCGUCUGCCGCGGGGACUCGGGGGGACCGUUGUUCAUCAAUAGAAACGGACGCAGGGUUCUGAUUGGUGUCAGUUCAUUCGUAGCUAACAUCGGCUGCGAACUAGGUUUCCCGUCAGCCUUCGCUCGGGUCACCAGCUUCCACUCCUUCCUCUUACAGCACAUGUGACAAAGAAACUAUUACUAUAAAAAAAAUCUUUAGGAUUACCCUUAGAUUAAAUAUAUUUUUAU